CUUCUUCUCUAAACUCCCCACUCCAUUUAACAUGUUGCGCGUCAUCCGUCAGACUGGCGUUGCACGUACACCUGCAAUUCUCAAUGCUGCAGGAGCCCGCCUCUUCUCUGCCACUGCCAGCAAGAAGGAAGAAAUCGAAGUUUUUAUCGAUGGAAAAUCCGUAAUGAUUGAGCAGGGCUCUGCUUUGAUUCAGGCUUGUGAAAAGGCCGGAGCAGACAUUCCUCGCUUCUGUUAUCACGAACGUCUUUCUGUGGCUGGUAACUGCCGCAUGUGUCUUGUCGAGGUUGAACGCGCACCCAAGCCAAUUGCCUCUUGCGCAUACCCCGUCAUGCCUGGCAUGAAGGUUAAAACUAACAGUCCUCUUGUUCACAAGGCUCGCGAGGGUGUCAUGGAGUUCUUGCUCUACAACCAUCCUCUCGAUUGCCCUGUUUGCGAUCAGGGUGGUGAGUGUGAUUUGCAGGAUCAGAGCAUGCGUUACGGUAGUGACCGUGGACGCUUUAACGAGCCAUCUGGUAAGCGUGCAGUAGAGGACAAGUCCUUUGGCCCUCUCAUCAAGACCGAGAUGACCCGUUGUAUCCAGUGCACUCGUUGCGUCCGUUUCGCAAACGAGGUUGCUGGUGCCCCCGAACUCGGUACCAGUGGCAGAGGCAAUGAAAUGCAGAUCGGCACUUAUAUUGAAAAGACCAUUGACUCUGAAAUGUCCGGCAAUGUUAUCGACCUCUGCCCCGUCGGUGCCUUGACCUCCAAACCCUACCAAAUGACCUCCAGACCCUGGGAACUGAAGAAGUAUGAAACCAUUGACGUGUCCGAUGCCAUUGGUUCCAACAUUCGUCUUGAUACUCGCGGUGUCGAAGUUAUGCGUAUUCUCCCCCGUCUCAACGAUGAAAUCAACGAAGAGUGGAUUUCCGACAAAACCCGUUUCUUCUACGAUGGUCUCAAGGUACAGCGUCUCACUACACCCCUGGUGCGUGAUGGCGAUCGCUUUGUGCCCACUUCAUGGGAGGCUGCUUUGAGCCGUGUGGGUGAUGAGCUCAACAAGACAAAGGGUAACGGUGCCAAGGCAAUUGCUGGCCAUUUGGCUGAUGCCGAGUCCAUGGUCGCCUUGAAAGAUCUGUUUAACCGCGUUGGCUCCGACAACUUUGCUAUCGAUGCCCCCAACGGCUCCAAGCCCCUUGCUAUCAAUGCCGACUUUAGAUCCAACUACACUCUCAACUCUACUCUUGUCGGUGCCGAAGAAGCCGAUCUUGUCCUUUUGAUUGGCUCCAACCCUCGCCACGAAGCUCCUAUUCUUAACACACGUUUCCGCAAGUCCUACCUCCACAACGGACAGGACUUUGGUGUGAUUGGUCAGGCUGCUGACUUGAGCUACGAUUAUGAGCACAUUGGUACUGACAGCAAGGCCAUCGAGUCCCUUUUGGAUGGCUCCCAUCCUUUUGCCAAGCGUCUUGCUGAGGCCAAGAAGCCCUUGAUCUUGGUCGGUUCAGGUGUGAUCGAGAACUCCAAGGAUAGCGAAUACCUCCUGUCCAAGGCUUCCGAAUUGGCUCAGAAGCACCAGAGCACCGUAUUCCAGGAUGGCUGGAACGGUUUCAAUGUCUUGCAGCGUGCUGCUGGUCGUACCGCUGCUUAUGAGCUUGGUUUCCUUCCUUCCAAGGAGGCCUCUUCUGAGGAAGCCAAAUUCGUCUACCUUUUGAACGCUGAUGAGAUUACACCUGCAGAUGUGCCCAAGGAUGCCUUUGUUGUAUAUCAAGGUCACCAUGGUGAUGUCGGUGCCCAGUACGCCGAUGUCAUUUUGCCCGGUGCUGCCUUUACCGAGAAAAACGCAACAUAUGUCAACACAGAAGGUCGUACUCAGAUCACUCGUGCAGGUGUCAACCCCCCCGCUGCAGCACGCGAGGACUGGAAGAUUAUCCGUGCCUUGUCCGAGGUUGCUGGACAGACUCUCCCUUACGAUGAUUUGGCUUCCGUCAGAUCUCGUUUGUCUGAAAUCAGUCCUGCCCUUACUCGUUACGAUGUUAUUGAGACCCCCUCUACUGCCCAGCUUGGUUUGUCUACUCAGAUCAAGAGCAAUGUCCAGAGCAGCGGUGAGGUUCUCUCAUCAGUUAUCAAGAACUUUUACCAGACUGAUGCCAUUUCCCGUGCUUCGAGCACCAUGGCAAAGUGUACCAAGACUUGGGUUGGCAAGGAAGAGGCCGAGCUCGAGAGAGCCACUGCUUAGAAAGCAAAGCAAUAUAUACAAAUUUAAAAUGAAAGAUGAAAACAUACAAAUAACCACAAAGAGAAUUGUCUAUUUUUUUAAACAGUGUUUUGAUAUAAGAAUAAUAAUUAGUAAUAACCAC